CAAAAAACCGAAUAAUCACAAAUUAAUUCAAUCUACGCAGUACCAUGGCGCCAAAAAACCUUAAACACAUCUCGGGAACUAAAUCUUUGGCGAAUUUGGAGUAUAACGCGAAAAUUUAUGAAAAGUACUUGAGUCACCUCAACUUGAGCCAUCCAAGCAAGAUUUUGAAUAUAGGUUGUGUGAGUUUUUCUGAGCUUUUUGAAGUGUUAUUGCCCAGAUUGCCUCAAGAAUACGAUGAGUUUGUCGUUUGUGAUGCUUCGGAAAAAGUUGUGGAUUGGGCGAAGAAAAAUUAUAGUCAAGAAAGGGUAAAAUUCAUUCACAUGGAUAUUGAAGAUUCGGAGGGAAUUUCUCCAGAUAUGAAAAGCAGAUUCGAUCAUUUAUUCUCAUCGUAUACAUUGGGAGUUCUGUCAGACUUGAAACAAACCCUUAAAAAUGCUCAUGAUCUGAUGACUCCUGAUGGUGACCUGUUGUUCCUUUUCGCCAAAUAUGACCCUGCUUUCUGCACCUACCAAGAAAUGGCAAAAAAUCCAAAGUGGUUUCCUUACUUGAAAAAGUACUCCAAUUAUUCUUCGACUGUUGAAAAAGAAAUAGGAACUAAGGAGAAGGUUAUAAAAUGGUUUGAACAUCUCCGUUUGAAAUGUGUUGUUGUAUCUAUUGAUGACAAUGUGUCUUGCCAGUACACUAAGGAAGAUCUAAUAGAAAUUGCCAACUUUCUCGAUGUCGCUGAAUAUGAUAUACCGGAAUCAGAUUUGGCCUGCUACAAAGCCGAAUAUCAUCGACAGUUUCUUAUAACUGAGGCUGUAAGCCAACAUGUGGAAAAUGGUGAAGAUACAUGGAAAUUGAAACUGCCAACAGUGACUGUAGUCGCCAAAAAAUGAAAUUUUCUGCCAAAAAUUAAAUAGAGACUGAAAACAAUGAGAAUAAAACAUAGUGUAUCAAA